AUGGCAAUUGCCGAUGCGGACCUUGAGCUGUCACUCCUGAAGCAAAGAAUCGCUGGCUUGCUGGACUCGGAGAAGACGGACACUACUGAGGUCAACGUUGACACAGCAUUGUAUUCUUCACAGAGCAUUCAGGUCCAUGCACUCGUUGAAGAGGGAGGAGGCCAGCCGAAUCCGACCAAGAAGCCAUGCGUGAGCGUCGGCGUCGACGUUGAUUUGGCUUCCGAGUCGUCGGAGGGCCGCCAGGUCAGAGACGACUCAGAGUCAGAUGCAACCGACGACGGGCUCUCCGAAAUUGAUCCAUUGUGGACUGAGAGGCAACAGCAGAUGGACUGGUACUUAGAAGCAUUCGGCAUCAUUGGUCUGGCGCACGUCAUCAAGGACAUUGCGGAGUAUGAGCGGAGGGAGGACAUCUCGCUGAAGAUUGGCAAGAACAAAGGCAGGAGACGUCGUCGGUAUCCCGACCCUGCGGGGAAUGGAACCUUUGACGGCGUCGCCCGGCCGAUAAAGAAGAGCAAGUCGACCAGCGCUGGCCGAGGAACACGCCCGGGGCGUCGGUACACGGUUCCAGACUUUGAGGAUGACUCGGACGUAGAUACUUUUGAGCGUGGCAGUGAUGAAGAUGACGGGCAUGAAAGCGAUUCUGAAUACGUUGGCCACAGCAGUUGGCGCACAAUACUUGGAGACUUGGAGAAGGGUCCGCGGUCCAGAGUACUCUUUUACCUGGCCUCGUGGCACCCAGACCUGGUCUUGAGCUUGAUACACGGGACUCUUCCCAGUGACUUGCAGAAUCCCGAUUUCGAGCGCGAUAUAAGCAGAUAUAUCCAGCUCAAGGGGACUCCAGGAUCAUACACGCUGUGGACCGCGACCAAUCCUAUCCGUCGAAAUACCCAAGCUGAUGACAGGUCCGAAAGGUAUGUCGGCUACGGGCUGUCCAUCGCGGACCUGGAGAAGGCGUGGUCGGAGAUGAGACGGUACAUUGAUAUUGAGCGAACAGACGCCGCGGCCAUCCUGAAAGCCAAGAAAAUCGAUGGUCAGAGAGGUGGCAAUGGUAAAGGGAUCAACUACAGAAAAGGAGAACGCCUCUUUGGCGGUGGCAAACACCACGACCAGUUUGAACGCCAGAGGUUCUUCCUGAAUUAUCUCGAGAGUGGUCUACUGCAGUGGGCCAGACAACCCGGUCGUCGGAACAACAAGCGACUGAGGCAACGUCAUCUGAAGCGUUGUUUUGUGUAUACUGGGUUGUCCUGGAACGUUCUCGGGCGCGCCGUACAGCAUUGGCCCACUGGCAAGAAGGACAGCAUCGUCUAUUGUCUGCUGCAGUCCGUUCUGAGGUCGCUGUUCGGAGACAAGUAUGAUGUGGUAGAAUUCUCUUACCAGACCCUAAAAGCAACGCGGAGAGAGGACCUUGGUUUGGGAGAGAUCCUGAUGACCAUUGUCACCUCCAGCGUUCUGUGGGAUGGUGGGCUCAACGUGUACGCCGGCGUGAACUUCGGAAAACGCGACUACUGGGAUAACGAGCACUUCCUCGAGAUGCUGAAGGAUAACGCCAGGAGCAUUCGGGGCUCCGGGUUUGUCCUGAAGUCUAUCGAGGAUACGGCGGCAAAGAUCUCAAGGACGGCGCGUGCUCUGGAGCUCCUGGAUCGCGAAAAAGUUGUUGACGCCAAGUUGCGGCACUUGCUUCUCAAAAUUGGGCUGGAGGACGAUACCGAAGAAACGGAGGACCACGUCGAUGAGCUGAGGGAGACUCUGGACUUCCUGGAUCUCCGAGACGUUGCCGCCGCGUUCGAGGUCGCCAUGGCCAGCGCGCCAUGCGAUGCAUAUCCGAUCGAUGCUGCUGGGGUUCUCCCGCAGGUUCGUGCCUGA